CAUCACCGAAGCCCUGUCUGUUUUUAAACCCAGGGGCCACUCUCCAGCCAUCCUUCGGCGAGGAACUCUCGGCCCCACCGCUGGCUCGCCCAUGCCUCUAGGAGUCAUACAGUAACUGGAAGCCAUGUGGUCCCAGGGCGCUUCGGGGAGUGGGAGCCUCGUGCUGGUCGCUGCCUUGUUCUCUGCACUGGUGCUGGCUCCGACCCUCGCCAUCCACGUUUACACACACCGGGAGGUCCAUGGCACGGUGGGAUCACAGGUCACCCUCGCCUGCAGCUUCUGGUCCAGCGAGUGGAUCUCUGAAGAUGUCUCCAUCACCUGGUUGUUCCAGCCAGAGAGUGGCAAGGACACCAUCUCAAUAUUCCACUUCGUGAAGGGGCAGCCCUACGUCGAUGAAGUGGGCGCCUUCAAGAAUCGCAUGGAGUGGGUGGGGGACCCACACCGCAAGGACGGCUCCAUCAUCAUCCGCAACCUGGACUACACCGACAACGGCACCUUCACCUGCGACGUCAAGAACCCGCCCGACAUUGGUGGCAAGUCGUCUCAGGUCACCCUCUAUGUCUUCGAGAAAGUACCCAUCAGGUACGGUGUGGUCUUGGGGGCCGUCAUCGGAGGAGUGCUGGGGUUGGUCAUCCUCGUGGUGGUGAUAGGCUAUCUCAUCAGGUAUUGCUGGCUAAGGAGGCAGGCGACGCUGCAGAGGCAACUCAGUGCUAUGGAGAAAGGCAAACUGCAUCGGUCAGCCAAGGAUUCAUCAAAACGAGGCCGCCAGCCCCCUGUCCUGUACGCCAUGCUGGACCAUAGCCGGAGCACCAAGUCGGCCAGCGAGAAGAAAUCCAAGGGCGGCCUGGGCGAUUCCCGCAAGGACAAGAAAUAGCGGUUAGCAGGCAGGGAAGGUACCCCCCAGGCGGGCGCCGAGUCCCCCCGCAGUUCAAAGGUCGUCAUGACCAUCGAGAUGGAACUGAGGGGGGAUGAGGCUGAGGCCACCGGCCUCAAACCCGUCAAGUCCCCCAGCAAGAACAGUCUCAAAAACGCCCUGAUGAACAUCAUCAAGAUGGACUCGGAAAAAUGAUGAACGCCCCCAAACCGAGGAAAGGGGUGUCCUGCCCCUCCCCCUCGGCUUCCUGAGGGAGGGGGCCAGGAAGCCUGCCCCACCGUCCCCUCCUCCUGGCUUCACCUCUCGGCAUUACUCCGCGGAGAGCCUGCUCUCUGGUCCAUCGGGCUGAGGGACAGGGCUAGGCCAUGGCACACCAGCGCGGGCUCCCUCUCUCUAGGCUCAGCUGCAGAGGUUCCAGGAACCCCAGUGCAGAGCAGCCACAUGUAGGAGCUUUGGGGAGACCAGAGGAAAGUUGGGAUGGGGGCAUUAGCCCCUCCUGGCACUGCAGGCGAGACACUGCCAGGCAGAAUCACGCGUCCCUUCUAAGAUAGCUGGUGUGAGGGCAGUGCCAGCCCCACCAGCAGGUGCCUGCUUGGCGAGAGGUGCCAGGUUGCACCUGCCCUGGGACUGUGUAUGGAUGAGGGAGGGAGCUGCCCUGGUGGGUCUGCGUGCACCACAUAUGGCCCCAAGCCAGCCAGGUGACACAAAGGCCUGGGACAGAGCAGAGGAGAUGGCCCCAGGCAAGAAGGGUGCUGCCAGUGAGGCAUCUCUCAUCCUGGCCCCAACUCCUCCGGGGCCUGCCCCUGCCCUCAGGCUGGGGGAUCCUACAAGGAUUUGGGUGUGGUCCUUGGACAGGGUCCUCACAGAAAUGGCCGCCCAAUGCCCUGGCCUGAGAGACCGGACUCCCAGCAGCCGCUGAGCCUGACGAGACAUGGAAGCCACGAGGAUGGGAUGGCCAGGGCCCCUCGUCCCUGACAUGAAGCCCCUACGUAUGGUACCUUCCACUGCGUGAACGUCUGUAAACAAAAAACCUCCCCCGCCCGGCGCCCCGGGCACAGGUGUAAUUUUUUAUUUGAAGACACAAUCAGUGAUUCUGGGAUUCAGCAGGAUGGUUUAACCCCCGACUCCCCAGGGGCUUCCCUCGAGCAGGGGCAGCUAGGGGCACCAUCUAGUCCCAUCCUGGUGCCUGCCAGCAUCUGCCCUCCCAUCCCCCAGCACUGUGAUGUCUGCCCCAUGGCCCCUGCUCCCUGCCCCACAGACCAUGUGGGAGUUACACCAUCCUGGGACACCCCCAGCCCCCCGGCUCCAAACCCUUUGGUGAUGGAGGGGUUUUCAUCCUCCGGGAGGGUUUUUACCUUGGAUUCAUCCCUUUUGCUCUUUCGUCCCUUCUUGCCAUUUUCUCGUCUCUUCCCGUGACUGAGCACAAAUGAUGUCACACGGUGCCCCCCGCCACCUUCGCUCCCUCCAGGUCUCUCUGCUCCUGCCCUGCCCAUUUUCAGAUUAACCCUGUCAUGAUGACGCACUCGGUAACCCCCCUGUGCCCCUGGGGCCCCUUGCCAGCAGCCAAAGGCUCCUGGAGGAGGGGAGACUGCCUCAAGGCCAGGAGGUGCCACAUUGAGGACCCCCUGCCCAGGCUGCUGCUGGGACCCCCCAUCUCCCACGGCCUCCUCUCUGCCCCACAACUGGGCUGCCCUUCCCCUAAGGACGAGCCAGGGCUGGCUGUGCCCUAGGGACCAGGCCAGCGGGUCACUCUGUGUGUAUGUGGAUACCGCAGUAUCUAUGGCAGGCUCUGGGCACGCGCUGUGCAGAUAACGUCCGUCCAUGAGGAGCUGUUCUAAACCACUAAACUGCAGCUGUGUGUGUCCACUGACGCGUGGUGUAUUUUCUACGUUCUGUACAUUCCCCUGAGCAACAAAGACACCAUUAAACCCUUAAUAAAAACUGACAUUUCUAGGAACAGA